CCGCGAUACAGAGGAACAAAUCGCAGUUACACACUGAAAACGAACACAGAAUCCCCCAAAAGAAGCCACCUUUAGGGUUUUCGUCUCCAAAUCAAUUCGUGAUUCGCUUUCGAAUCGAUUCGUCACGAAUCCAAUCCUCUGGUUUCCUUUAUUUUCUCCAGUUUUCGAUUUCAAUCUCUUUGCCGUGAGAAACGAUGGGAAGAGGCAAGUUCAAGGGGAAACCUACUGGCCAGCGCCGAUUCUCAAGUGCAGCUGAUAUUCUUGCUGGAACUUCUGCUGCGCGUCCUCGGUCAUUCAAGCAGAAGGAAGCUGAGUACGAAGAAGAUGUUGAAGAGGAGUCUGAAGAGGAAUCUGAAGAGGAAUCCGAAGAUGAAUCUGACGUGAAGAAGAAAGGACAUGAAGCUCUUAUUGAAGUUGAUAACCCUAACAGAGCCAAACCAACGACUUUAAAAGCUAGAGACCUUGAUGCUAGUAAAACCACUGAACUCUCAAGGCGUGAAAGGUUUGUUUCUGAUUUUCUUCUCAUUCAACAUUUCUUAUUUAAGGAGCUUCUUACAGUUCCAUCUUAUAUGGUGUUUUGCAGGGAGGAGCUAGAGAAGCAGCGAGCUCAUGAGCGAUACAUGAGGUUGCAGGAGCAAGGCAAAACCGAACAAGCAAGAAAGGAUUUGGAUCGUCUGGCUCUGAUUCGCCAACAGAGAGAAGAAGCGGCCAAGAAGCGAGAAGAGGAAAAAGCAGCGAAAGACGCCAAGAAAGUAGAUGCUCGCAAAUGAGACAAGUGUUCACCCUAAAAAAAAUAAACUACAUAAAAGAAGAAGAAUACUCAUCGAGUUUUACUUUGUUCUUUUUUCGAUUGGUAAACAGAUCAUAAAACAUUUUCCGAAUACUUAGUGCCCAGGGGAUUUCUCCAUCUUAAUACAUUGGAAGUUAAUAA